GACUCCCAGAAACAAAUAACCCUAAAUAUACAUACAUCCAUUAAUGAGUGGCACAAAACAGAAAGCCCCUCAGGGAACUAACAGAGGAUGAAACUGAUAAAAGGACUAAACUUUGGAAGUGUGGAGAAAUAUCUGUGCUGAUUGCAUUGAAAAACUGAAAGCAAGUUUCCUGACAAGCAGAACAGAGAGAGGAAAAAAGAUAAAAAGAGAGAGAGAGAGAGAGAGGAGGGGGGCUGGUAAGGGUGGGGAGGUCGAGAAGACUCUACAUUCUGUGAGCAGCUAUUUCCUCUGAACAGAUGAUGUGGUCAGGAAAGGGGCCAAGUCAUGGGCCAAUCAGGCAUGAUGGCCCAACCCUGCAUGGGCCAAUCAGAUGCCCUGAUUAUAUAAACACACAGCAGGUCUGGGGAGUUUAUCUAUGAAUAACACUCACAUCUCCAACUGCACUUCAACAUGGCACUGAGCGUCAAUAUAAUGAACAUUCAGACCACUGGAGCUGGUCCAGGGACUUCCGCACAACUCUGGAACAGUCAAAAGAGAGGGGUCUCAGCGUCCCACGCUCUGGCUGAAGAAGACGCAGGCAGGAUGGAGAGGUUUAAAGACUCCAUCAACAGAGCCGCAGGCAGUACAGGGAUUGAUCCGGCCGUCAUCGCUGCCAUCAUCUCCCGAGAGACCAGAGCAGGAAACUUCUUACAGUCGGACGGCUGGAACGAGGGAAGGGUCGCGUUUGGGAUCAUGCAGGUCGCUAGAGUUAACAACCCGCAAGGUGGAAAGGACAGUUUGGAGCACAUCAAACAGGCUGCUGGUCUCCUUAGAGACUUCAUUAACAGCAUGAACAAGUCAUGGCCUCCUGAACUCCAGUAUAAAGGUGGGAUCGCGGCGUAUAACUGCGGCCCCAGAGCCGUCACCUCUCAGAACGUGGAUGAGAAAACAGAAGGAGGCGACUACGCGAACGAUGUUGUGGCCCGAGCUCAGUGGUACAAACGCCAGGGUUAUUAAUCGGAGCGGUCAUCCUUCCCUGCAUCGUCCUGCUCAUCAUCGCGAACCAUGUUUACUUUGAAAUGGGAUGCAACACAAUUUCAACUGAAUAAAAGAACUUGAUAAAAUAUGA